AUGGGAAUAGAGAAUUUGCUCAAUUUUCUAAAACCAGCUUUAGUUGAACGAUGCAUUACUUUUUACCGUGGAAAGACUGCUGCAAUCGAUGCUAUGUCUUGGCUAUAUCGAGGAUGCUAUUCGUGUGCUCAUGAAUUAAAUCAAGACAUCAAGACAAAUGAUUAUCUCUAUUAUGUGUAAAAAAUGUUGAUAAUGUUGAAAGAAUAUGAAAUAACUCCAAUAUUAAUAUUUGAUGGUCGAAAUUUGAGAGCUAAAGAGAAGACUGAAUAGAUGCGAAAGUAAAUCAAACAGCAAAACUUAUUAAAAGCAAAAGAAUUGUAGGAAAGUGGAAACACAGAGGAGGCUAAAAGGUACUAUCAAAGAUGUUUGAAAAUACGUAAGUAAAUGAUGUACACUACAUUUGAUGUGUUAAGGGAAUUAGAAGUAUAAUACAUAAUAGCACCAUAUGAGGCUGAUGCUUAGAUUGCCCAUAUGUGUUUAAGUGGGUAGUGUGACUUCGCCAUAACAGAAGAUAGUGAUUUAAUUUGUUAUCAAUGUCCGUUGAUUGUUUUUAAAUUGUAAAGCAACGGAGCCUGCUUUGAAUUGGAGUUAUAGAAACUAAGAGAAUCUCGCUAAAAUAGAGCGCAUAUUAAAAGCGAUGACAUAAGAUAGUUUUUAGCCUUCAAGAAUGAACAACUGAUUGAUGUGUGCAUUAUGAGUGGAUGUGAUUAUGUUCCAUCUAUUAGGGGGAUGGGAAUAAAAAAAGCGAUUGAUUAUAUGUCUAAAUACGAUGACAUUAGUAAUACAAUUAGUAAAUUGAAAAAGGCUAAGUAAUUUAAUGGUAAGAUCCCUGAGGAGUAUGAAAAAAUAGUCAAAGCCACGAGAUUGAUCUUCUAAUUUUAAACAGUGUAUUGCCCAACUAAGAAAUAAUGGGUAUAAUUGAAUCAAGAGAAGUAUGAUGGUUUUUUGGAGACACUUGAAUAAGAUAAAUUCCUGCCUCUUGAUUAGAUAUAGCAAUUGGUGGGUGAAAGAAUCUAAGAGAAUCUGUAGGUUCAAUUCUGUAAUGGUGAUUUGGACAUUAAGACUUUGGUUUUCAGAGAAAGAAUGAAGAUAGAUUUUACUUAAUUGUUCAAAAGGAUUGAAAGGAGAUUGGAAAAUUCGAAAUAAUAAAUUGUAGAUAUUGAAGCUAAGCAAAGAGUUUAAUAAUUUUUAUAGACUGCUGAUAUUGAUAAUCUACCAGAAUUUGUUGAAAAACCUGCCAAUGUUAUAAGAGAAUAGUAAUUUUUACCAGCAAAACGUACAUAGACAUAGAAGGAGGAGUUAAGCAUAUUUAAGUUGUGUGAAGAGAUUUUUGAUUAACAGGAAAAGCACAAUCAAUAAAAUGUAGAUGAAUUGGAGAUCGUAUAAGGAGAUGAUGAGAAUGAGGAAGGCAUGAAGUUAUAGCAAAAGUAAGUGCAAAUCACUUAAUAAAAUAAUAUUGAUGACAUUGAGUCUAAUGAAAGUUCAUCUGAAUUUUUCAAUCCCUUCUCUAUCAAAUCCAAAGUUACAAACACAUAAUGCUUAAGUUAAAUAAAAAGCAAACCAACACAUGAUCAAUCUACUCAAAAGAAGUAAUCAAUAAAAUCUAUAGAAAAAGCACUUAAAUAAACUUAAUCAACUAUAUUUAGUUUUGUGAAAAAGUGA